AUGAAUUGGGCCUUUCUCGAGGGCCUCCUCAGCGGGGUGAACAAAUACUCCACUGCGUUUGGUCGCAUCUGGCUGGCUAUUGUUUUCAUCUUCAGGCUCUUGGUCUUCCUGGUGGCCUGUGAGAAGGUGUGGGGUGACGAGCAAAAGGACUUUGAUUGCAACACCCGGCAGCCCGGUUGUCACAACGUCUGCUAUGACCACUUCUUCCCCAUCUCUUACACCCGACUCUGGGCUCUCCAGCUGAUCUUUGUCACUUGUCCGUCCUUUCUUGUGACGCUCCAUGUGUCCUACCGAGAAGAACGCGAGCGUAAGCACCGACUGAAGCACGGAGAGAACUGCGCCCCUUUGUAUAGUCAAACGGGGAAGAAGCGAGGGGGUCUGUGGUGGACCUACUUCCUCAGCCUGCUGUUUAAGGUGAUGGUGGAUGGGGUGUUCAUCUUCCUGCUGUUCUACAUCUAUGAGGCCACGUUCUUCCCACCGGUGGUGAAAUGCGCCAUAGACCCAUGCCCCAAUGUGGUCGACUGCUACAUCGCCAGGCCCACAGAAAAGAAAAUAUUCACCAUCUUCAUGGUGGUGACCAGCUUCGUGUGCAUCCUCCUCACUUUUUGUGAGAUUCUCUACCUGUGUGGAAAGAGGUUCUGGGAGUGCUGCGGAGGUGGACCACGCUCCAUGAGAGAAAACUCCUUCAUGCUGACCAGAACUCCUCUGACUGGGAAGGAGAACUCAGCAUUCCCAGAGAAGGCUAAGAUGGUUGACAACGGAGAAGCUGGCAAAGAGAGUUCAGCGCCAGCGUACAGCAUAGCAGUCUCCUGA